UAAAAAUCAAAGUGAAAAAAUAUAAGAAAAACAAUCACGAUAAUGGGAAAUUAUGUUAAUAAAUUUUUUACUCAUAAAACUGAAACGUAUAACAAUGAGAUUGAAAAAGAAGAAAUAAAAGAUUCAUCAGCGAUAGAUGAAGUAACUAUUGAAAAAAAUAUGCAAACUCCACCAAUAAUUCGUAAAACAUUAGUUACAGAUCCUAGAUCUGUAACGAGUGGAAUAAGUAGAACACCAAUUGAGGUGAAUAAUACACCUGUUGGAUUAAAUAAAAAAAUAAUAUCAGCAAUUCCAAAACAUUUACAAAAUAAAUCAUACUUGGAAACAGAUAUAGAUAAAAUAAUGUUAUGUUUAACUCCUAAAAAACAUUUGAUGCCAAAAUUAAUAGAAAUUCCAAAACAAAAUAAAAAUGAAGAAAAUCUUUUAACACCAACAAGUAAUAAUUUAAAUAAUAAAAAAAUAAUCACUGAUAUAGAAAAGGAACGUUAUAAUAUUCUAGGACUUGAUCCUAGAUCUCCAGCAGCAGAUUUUGAUAGAACUCCAAUUUUAAUGCCAAAAUCUAUUGAACGUUUAAGAGCAAGAUCUCAAGAAUGUUUGCAUAGACAAGGCAGUUAUGAUACAGAUAUUUUUUAUCCAAAAUUUUCAUAUUGUGAAAUGUCAUCACAAUUUAAUGUUACUGAAGUACAAGUUUUAGCGGAUUUAGACACAUCUGCAGUAAAUUCUUUACAUUCAGUUAUUACUGAUUCUGAUGACAAAUUAAAUGAACCUGAAUCAUCAUAUUCAAAUGAUUCAGUUAAAACUAAUUUUAUUUCAGAAAUUGUAGAAAAAGAAUUAGAAGAUCAAAAUGAAGUUCAAAGCAUUUUAGAACAAAAUAAUUGUAAUGAUAAUAAUAUUAAAAAGAAUGCAGAACAAAAAUGUAUUAUUAAUAAUGAUAUAAUUAAAAUAUGGAGGGAUUCAUUAAUAUUGGAUACAUUCGAGGAAUCAGAAUUAAAUGAAUCAGAUAAUGUACAAGAAGUUACAGAAAAAAUGUCACAAAUAAAUAAGGAAGAAGUAAUUAUAACAUUUGACAAUGAUAAUACCAAAGACUUAAUUCCAAAAUUAAUUAAUUCUGAAAAUGAAAAGACAAAAGUAGACACACUUAAAAAAAAGAAAAAAAUUAUCAAAUCAGAAAUUAAAGUUACAACAGAUGAAAAAAAAUCUUUUAUUGAUAAAAAUGAAAAUGAAUCCAUAAAGAUUCGAACUCCUCUUGGAAAUCGUUCAAAUAAUGAACAAAUACAAACACUGUUAACAAAGUCACCACAACAGGUGUUUAAGAAUAGAAAUGUUGUCUCAAAAAUAUUAAAAGAAAAUACACCACCGCAUAAAAAAUAUUUUGUAAAAUCUAAAUUAAAUGGUGUACAAUGGGAUCCAGAUUCAACUGUUAUUAUUUAAGAUUAUUAAUUUUUAUAAGAAAAGUUUAGACAUAGUUUAUAUCUUUUAUAGAAUUAUUUUUAUAUAAAAAUUUAAAUAAUUGUAAAAAUUAAUUGUAAAC